UUUGACAAAAUUAAGGGCAGACCAAUCCGUAUCAUGUGGUCUCAGCGUGAUCCAUCUUUGAGAAGAUCAGGAGUUGGAAAUAUCUUCAUUAAAAACUUGGACAAAAGUAUUGAUAACAAGGCCUUGUACGACACAUUUUCUGCGUUUGGAAAUAUAUUGUCCUGUAAUAUUGCUGCUGAUGAAAACGGCUCCAAAGGCUAUGGAUUUGUACAUUUUGAAACCGAUGAAGCUACCAGAAAUGCCAUUGACAAGGUCAAUGGCAUGUUGUUGAACUGCAAGAAAGUGUUUGUCGGCAGAUCCAUGUCCAAAAAGGAGAGGAUGGAGGUCCUGGGAGACAAAGCCAAGAAAUUCACCAAUGUGUACGUCAAAAACUUUGGAGAGGAGCUUGAUGAUGCAAAAAUCUUUGAGCUCCUUGAACCCUAUGGAAAAAUAAUCAGCGCAAAGGUGAUGUCUGCUGAGGAUGGAGCCCCAGGAAAAUGUGGCUUUGUCAGCUUUGAGGACCCCGAGGCAGCUGAAAGGGCUGUUGAAGAACUCAACGGACGGGAGAUUAAUGGACGAAUCCUGUUUGCUGGCCGAGCUCAGAAAAACGCAGAAAGACAGCCUGAUCUGAAGGAGAAAUUUGAGCGCCUCAAGAUGGAGCGAGCAAACCGUUACCGGGACGUCAAUCUCUAUGUCAAACACCUUGAAGAUACAAUUGAUGACGAGAAAUUGAGGAAAGAAUUCUCUCAAUUCGGAACCAUCACCAGUGCUAAGGUGAUGAGAGACGGUGGUCGCUCCACAGGCUUUGGGUUUGUGUGCUUCAGCUCUCCUGAGGAAGCCACAAAGGCUGUGACGGAAAUGAACGGGCCCAUCAUUGUGUCCAAGCCCCUGUAUGUGGCCCUGGCUCAGCGUAAGGAGGACCGUAAGGCCCACCUCGCCUCUCAGUACAUGCAGAGGAGCCCAGAGAGGAAUCUUCCCACCCACCCAGAUCACCCAGGAGUUGGAAAUAUCUUCAUUAAAAACUUGGACAAAAGUAUUGAUAACAAGGCCUUGUACGACACAUUUUCUGCGUUUGGAAAUAUUUUGUCCUGUAAGGUGAUGAGAGACGGUAGUCGCUCCACAGGCUUUGGGUUUGUGUGCUUCAGCUCUCCUGAGGAAGCCACAAAGGCUGUGACGGAAAUGAACGGCCGCAUCAUUGUGUCCAAGCCCCUGUAUGUGGCCCUGGCUCAGCGUAAGGAGGACCGUCAGGCCCACCUCGCCUCUCAGUACAUGCAGAGGAUGGCACAGAUGAGGCAACAGAGGAUGGAGGUCCUGGGAGACAAAGCCAAGAAAUUCACCAAUGUGUACGUCAAAAACUUUGGAGAGGAGCUUGAUGAUGCAAAAAUGUUCGAGCUCUUUGAACCCUAUGGAAAAAUAAUCAGCGCAAAGGUGAUGUCUGCUGAGGAUGGAGCCCCAAGAGGAUUUGGCUUUGUCAGCUUUGAGGACCCCGAGGCAGCUGAAAGGGCUGUUGAAGAACUCAACGGACGGGAGAUUAAUGGACGAAUCCUGUUUGCUGGCCGAGCUCAGAAAAAAGCAGAAAGGCAGUCUGACCUGAAGGAGAAAUUUGAGCGCCUCAAGAUGGAGCGAGCAAACCGUUACCAGGGUGUCAAUCUGUAUGUCAAAAACCUUGACGAUACCAUUGAUGAUGAGAAAUUGAGGAAAGAAUUCUCUCAAUUCGGAACCAUCACCAGUGCUAAGGUGAUGGGAGACGGUGGUCGCUCCAAAGGCUUUGGGUUUGUGUGCUUCAGCUCUCCUGAGGAAGCCACAAAGGCUGUGACGGAAAUGAACGGGCGCAUCAUUGUGUCCAAGCCCCUGUAUGUGGCCCUGGCUCAGCGUAAGGAGGACCGUAAGGCCCACCUCGCCUCUCAGUACAUGCAGAGGAUGGCACAGAUGAGGCAACAGAUGGGCCAGAUGUUCCAGCCCUCUGGUGCCGGGUACUUUGUGCCCACGAUGCCCCAGACAGCCCAGAGAGGAUUCUUCCCACCCACCCAGAUCCCCCAGGUGCGCAGCAGCCCCAGGUGGCAUGCCCAGGUUAGGCCGACUGUGCAGCCCCCUGCAGGCUUCCAGACUAUGCCGACAGGUGCAGGAGUCCGACAGCCCCGCCCGGGUGGCCCACAGAAUAUGCGUGGCGGUGUGAGUGCUCGGGCAAUCACAGGCCAGUCUGGCGGCACUCGUAUGAGUGGAUUCCAGGGUGCCCGUCCUGCAGGGGUUCCCGCCUCCCAGCCUGGUGGACGCCCAGGCUACAAGUUCACCCAGAACAUGCGCAACCCUCCGCAGACCCCCGUCAUUCAGCAGCAGGCCAUGCCACAGGUACCCCCUCAGCAGGCUGUGCUGGUCCAGGGACAGGAACCUCUCACCUCCAACAUGUUGGCAAAUGCUCCGCCCCAAGAGCAGAAACAGAUGUUGGGCGAGCGUCUUUUCCCCCUCAUCCAGAGCAUGCACAGCGAGCUGGCGGGUAAAAUCACGGGCAUGUUGCUGGAGAUCGACAAUGCUGAGUUGCUCCACAUGUUGGAAUCCCGCGAGUCUCUCCGUGCCAAGGUUGAGGAAGCUGUGGCUGUACUGCAGGCUCACCAAGCUAAAGAGGCUGCCAGCGCUGGUGCCAAGAAAGAAUAGGGUUCUCCGCAAAGGGGAGAUAACUGGUCGGCCAGUAUUACACACCUACACGGCAUAAUCGGGCGUUCUGUUCAGGACGAAUCAAACCUGUUUGAAAAUGCAUUUAAAUGACUGUUACGAAGCGCGUCUGCUGCUUGCAUUUGAUAUCUAUGGGGAUUUCUUUUUCUUUUCUUUUUUUUUUUUUUUCUUCAUUUUUACCAUUAAUUUGAAGACUGAAAUUUGGCCUGUUCAAAAAGGUUUCUUCAUUUUAGAAGCGUUUGGGAUGAAACCUUCUGAUAGAAGUGUAAAACAUGUAAAGAGUUGGGACGGUUUUCAGCCUUUUUUUUGUUUAUUUUUUAUUUUGUGUUCCUUCUAAUUUUUUCCCUUUUUUUUUUUUUGUUUUAUUUUUUGGGGGGAUUGAGAGUUGAAGAUAAACAAACCCUUGACAACUUAAGACUUCACCGAAGACUGACCAGCCCAAUCUUACAUUCUAAUAAAGUCAAGAGAAAAAAAAAAUGCAAAACAUGUGAAAAAGAAAAAAACUGAAAAAACACUGCACUGAUUAUAAAGCUCAAGUUGGAAAACAGCAUCUAGGAAAUGGAAUUCAAAUAGGUUGUUUGGGACAUCGCAAAAUACUAAAACGUAAUAUUUGAAAAAAAUAGUAAACAUUUGAAUAUUGUAUAAUUAAGUUUGAAUUCGGUGUUAGGGUUGAAAAAAGAAACUGUAGUGUUAAGUAGGAAACCAGUCAUACUGGGCCUUGAAAAGGCAACCAUAAACGUUAACUCGUACCAAGCAAGCAAGCUACUCCAACCUAAAGCUAAAGAGCGGACCGUUCAAACAGCUAAAAAAAAAAACUUACGUUGUUGGGGUGAUGUCUUUAAUCUAUUUGGUUUCAUAUUUCCUAACACUUGUAACUGUUAAAACAAUAAAUUUAAAAUUUAGUUCA